AUGUUCAGCUUCCGGCGAUUCCUCCUCGCCGCUGCGCUGUUCCUCGGCGCCAUGCUGCUCUUUGCGCAGUCCGCCGAGGCAGCCAAGGGCCCCAAGAUCACCCACAAGGUCUACUUCGACAUUGAGCAGGGCGACAAGCCCCUCGGCCGCAUCGUCAUCGGCCUCUAUGGCAAGACCGUCCCCAAGACCGCUGAGAACUUCCGCGCUCUCGCCACUGGCGAGAAGGGCUUCGGUUACGAGGGCUCUACCUUCCACCGUGUCAUCAAGCAGUUCAUGAUCCAGGGUGGUGACUUCACCAAGGGCGAUGGCACCGGUGGCAAGUCCAUCUAUGGUGAGAAGUUCGCCGAUGAGAACUUCAAGCUCAAGCACACCAAGAAGGGCCUCCUCUCCAUGGCCAACGCUGGCAAGGACACCAACGGCUCCCAGUUCUUCAUUACCACUGUCGUCACCUCUUGGCUCGAUGGCAAGCACGUCGUCUUCGGCGAGGUCCUCGAGGGCUACGAUGUCGUUGAGAAGAUCGAGAACACCAAGACCGGCGCUCGUGAUGCUCCUGUUGAGGCCGUCAAGAUCGCCAAGAGCGGCGAGCUUGAGGUUCCCCCUGAAGGUAUCCACGUGGAGCUUUAA